UCAAGCGCAUCCCCCUCCUCUGCCCACUAUAUAUUUGUCAAAAUGCCUCACUGAACCAGCCAUCACUCGACUCUCCUUGCCAUCAUCACCGGCAUAUGAGCUUCAAUGGGGAUUCGCCCCCUUUGUCUUCUGGGUUUGUGGGUGUUGUUGCUUCUCUCUGCCUCCAGCCUCUGCCAUGGAAGCGACAAGGCUGUACUUGAGGUGGUUGGAGUUGGAGAAUGCGCAGAUUGUGCGGAGAUUAACAUUAAAACCAGCCAUGCGUUUUCAGGGCUUGGAGUGACCAUUGAUUGCAUUCCCACAAAUGGAGAGCAAUUCCAGAGAAGAGCGGUUGGAGAGCUUGAUGAAGAAGGCAGAUUCAAAGUGUCUCUUCCUGCGGAGAUUCUGGAAGACGGAAAGCUCAAGGAAGAGUGCUUUGCACAGCUGCACAGUGCAUCGGCUGCUCCAUGCGCAGCCCACAAUGGACUUGAGUCCUCAAAGAUAAUCUUAAAGUCCAAAGCUGAUGGCAAGCACAUCUUUACCACCGCCGGGAAGUUGAAAUUCUCGACGGCGACUUGCACCUCAGCCUUCUUGUGGCCUUUCUUCAAGUACCCACCUUUGCCCAAGCUCACUCUCCCUCCAUUUUACUUCGGCCAUCCCUUCCCUAAGAAGCCACUGCCUCCACUAAUACCCAUUUAUAAGAAGCCACUGCCACCACCAAUACCCAUUUACAAGAAGCCACUGCCACCACCAAUACCCAUUUACAAGAAGCCACUGCCACCACCAAUACCCAUUUAUAAGAAGCCACUGCCACCACCAAUACCCAUUUACAAGAAGCCACUGCCACCACCAAUACCCAUUUACAAGAAGCCACUGCCACCACCAAUACCCAUUUACAAGAAACCACUGCCACCACCAAUACCCAUUUACAAGAAGCCACUGCCACCACCAAUACCCAUUUACAAGAAACCACUGCCACCACCAAUACCCAUUUAUAAGAAACCACUGCCACCACCAAUACCCAUCUACAAGAAGCCGUGUCCACCACUAGUGCCCAUCUACAAACCAAAACCAAAGCCGCUUCCACCACCAGUGCCAAUCUACAAACCAAAACCCAAACCGAAGCCACUUCCACCUCCUGUUCCAAUCUACAAACCGAAACCUAAGCCAAAGCCGCUUCCACCUCCCGUUCCAAUCUACAAACCAACCCCGAAACCAAAGCCGCUUCCUCCGCCUGUCCCAAUCUACAAGAACCCGCCCCCAGCACCUGUGCCAAUUUACACGCCAAUGCCACCACCUGCGCCAUCUCUUCCUCCUCCAAUAUUCCCAAAGAAGCCUUGCCCACCAUUUCCCAAGCUGCCUCCAUUCCCCAAGAUUCCUCCAAAGACCUUCCACCACCACCACCACCCCAAGUUUGGGCCAUUCCCUCCAUUGCCUCCUCAUUUUCCUCACCCUUAAGCUACCACCUUCUGGGCCUUGGAAGUUAAUUAUUGGUGUUCUGUGCAAUGUAGAGAUUUGUUCGCUUUGAGAUUUUAGUACCACAAUAAAGCCUGCCAUUUGGAAAGGGGAUCAGAGAGGGAGAACUAGCUAGCUGCUGGUUGAUAUGGUGAGAGCCCAAGAGUGAACAGAGAGAUAUCAUUACUGAUUAAAUUACCUGUUAUUCAUGAAGAAGUGGAUGGAUGGUGUGCAUUAAUUAAGUUAUGGUGGUAAUGGAAAGACUGGCAUUAUCAAAGGAAUGUGCUUGGCCAAAGUCCUGAUUAAUUAUUAUUGGGUUUUAAUAUAUAUAUAUAUAUAUAUAUUUUACUUCUUUCUGUACAAAACUGGUGGAGUCCUUUGCUG